AAAAAAAAAAACGAAAUGAGAGAAAUCUUACACAUUCAAGGAGGGCAAUGCGGGAACCAAAUCGGUUCAAAAUUCUGGGAAGUUAUAUGUGAUGAACACGGCAUUGAUCCAACGGGACGUUACAAUGCUGGUAAUGCAGGUGCAUCUGAUCUUCAACUUGAACGGAUUAAUGUAUAUUUCAAUGAAGCUACUGCUGGUCGUUUUGUACCUAGAGCUGUUCUUAUGGAUCUCGAACCCGGUACUAUGGAUAGUAUUAGAUCUGGUCCUUCUGGGCAAAUUUUUCGCCCUGAUAAUUUUGUUUUUGGACAAUCUGGUGCUGGAAAUAAUUGGGCUAAAGGACAUUAUACUGAAGGCGCUGAGUUGAUUGAUUCUGUUCUCGAUGUUGUUCGUAAAGAAGCUGAGUAUUGUGACUGCAUGCAAGGAUUUCAGGUUUGUCACUCUCUUGGUGGAGGGACUGGUUCCGGCAUGGGAACUCUCUUAAUUUCAAAGAUAAGGGAAGAGUAUCCAGACCGAAUGAUGCUCACCUUCUCUGUUUUUCCAUCUCCAAAGGUUUCAGACACUGUUGUCGAACCAUACAAUGCUACACUUUCUGUGCACCAAUUAGUAGAGAAUGCUGAUGAAUGUAUGGUCCUCGACAAUGAAGCCCUCUACGACAUCUGUUUUAGGACUCUAAAACUCACUAAUCCAACUUUUGGUGACCUAAAUCAUUUGAUAUCUGCAACAAUGAGUGGUGUUACAUGUUGUCUGCGAUUUCCUGGUCAGCUGAACUCAGACUUGAGAAAAUUGGCUGUGAAUCUAAUCCCUUUCCCACGUCUUCAUUUCUUCAUGGUGGGAUUCGCACCACUGACAUCUCGUGGAUCACAGCAAUACAGUUCCCUCACAGUUCCAGAGCUUACACAACAAAUGUGGGAUGCUAAGAACAUGAUGUGUGCAGCUGACCCUCGUCAUGGGCGUUACUUAACAGCAUCUGCUAUGUUCAGGGGGAAAAUGAGCACUAAAGAAGUAGAUGAACAAAUGAUCAAUGUCCAAAAUAAGAACUCGUCGUACUUUGUUGAGUGGAUCCCUAACAAUGUGAAGUCUAGUGUGUGUGACAUUCCACCAACUGGGCUAAAAAUGGCAUCCACAUUUAUUGGCAAUUCGACAUCCAUUCAAGAAAUGUUUAGGAGAGUGAGUGAGCAGUUCACGGCCAUGUAUAGGCGAAAGGCGUUUUUGCAUUGGUAUACUGGGGAAGGAAUGGAUGAAAUGGAAUUUACUGAAGCUGAGAGUAAUAUGAAUGAUUUGGUUGCAGAAUAUCAACAGUACCAAGAUGCUACUGCUGAGGUUGAGGAAGAUUUUGAUGAUGGCGUUGACGAGCAUUACGAAGGUCAAUGACUU